CCACGUCGCGGAUCGUCAUUCCUAGCCGAGUCUUUUCCACGCUCGCGACGUUUCUCCAGACUUAGAGACUUGACCGAUCCUUUAUAUUUCGCCUUCAUGCACGCUUGUCCGGAAACGACACGGUCCUCCACGUCGUAACAGCGUGCCCUCGCUGGCUCUUGGUGGUGUCGGUAUAUUUCAAAAACUUCCAAACAUCGAUAUACACCGAUUUUCGAUUUUCCUGCUAUAUAUAUAUACACGCUAUAUAUUUCCUAUAUACACUAUUUACCCCCUCUCCUUUGUUGGUGGAAACUUCGCCUAUUCAUAUCUUUCUAUCUCCCACCCUUGGAAAUCCCUUUAGCCUAGUCACACAUCCCCCGAGAGCGGCCGAGAGGAAACAUAGGCGAGGAGAAAGCGUAGAAGAAAGUCGGCAAAGAGAGAAAGAGGAUCAGUGUGAGCACGUCCGUUGACGGUGUUGAUUCGCAAAUAGUUGAAAGUAAAACGAUUCGUUGGUUCCUGCUAGGCUGUGUAGUACACGCGGUUCUCCUAGGAUAUAUACACGCUGCUCACUAUUUGUGUAUGUGUCAGUCUGUCUGCACGCGUGUUGAUACGAGGACGACGGGGUUUCGUUCAGACGGCCAAAAGUGAAUUGAACGAUUCGGAGCAGAUAACCAGAACGAGAUAAAGUAGCUCGUUUUCAGAGCGAGAAUAAAUACGCACAGAGGCUUGCCAGAGGCUUUUUUUCUUUUUUAAUAUACGAUCGAGCGUGAGUUUUAACGUGAGGAUGUCGCACAAGAUGCUGAGCCAAGGAGUGUCGGUUCACGGGGGCAAUUCACAGAGAACACCAAUGCGCCCAAUGAUAGCGGAAUACGACCCAAAGAAGCACGGUGUGAAAACAGAACUGUCAGACACGGUUCUAGUCAAAUACAAGUGCGAGAAAAAUGACAUACCUAUUACCGUCACGAACGGUUCGACGUUACCACUUGUGGAACGACCAAACGAUGAGGAAGCGGCCCUUUACAAUCCGUUUGAGCAUAGAAAGUUAGCACAUCCCACGUCGGAUUUAGACACACUGAUACAUCUACUGAAAGGAAGCUUGGGAACUGGGAUCUUAGCUAUGCCAAUGGCCUUCCGGAAUGCUGGUCUUCUAUUUGGCUUAUUCGCUACGUUCUUCAUUGGAGCAGUUUGCACUUAUUGCGUGCAUAUUUUGGUUAAAUGCGCACAUAACCUAUGCAGGCGGACUCAAACACCGAGCCUAGGGUUCGCUGAUGUCGCAGAAGCGGCAUUUCUUGUCGGUCCUGAACCUGUACAGAAAUACGCUAGAUUAGCAAAAGCGACAAUCAAUUCGUUCUUAGUGAUCGACCUAAUAGGCUGCUGCUGCGUGUAUAUUGUUUUCAUCUCGACCAAUGUAAAAGGGGUAGUUGAUUAUUAUACGGAAACCGAUCGAGAUAUCCGAUUUUAUAUGGCGGCAUUGUUACCUUUCUUAAUCAUAUUCUCUCUCGUGAGAAACUUGAAAUAUCUGGCGCCAUUUUCCAUGCUUGCAAAUGUUUUGAUCGCCACUGGAAUGGGGAUCACGUUCUACUAUAUUUUCAGCGAUUUACCAAGUAUAAAGGAUGUACCAAACUUCUCGAGCUGGUCUCAAUUACCUCUCUUCUUUGGCACGGCUAUUUUCGCUCUCGAAGGCAUUGGUGUAGUAAUGCCUCUCGAGAACAACAUGAAGACACCAACGCACUUCAUCGGUUGUCCAGGAGUUCUCAACACUGGCAUGUUCUUCGUAGUAUUAUUAUACAGCACCGUAGGUUUCUUCGGCUACUGGCGAUACGGUGAGGACACUAAAGCCUCCAUCACCCUGAACCCAGAGCAGAGCGAUAUCCUUGCCCAAUCCGCCAAAUUGAUGAUCGCGGUGGCCAUCUUUCUCACUUAUGGACUUCAAUUUUAUGUACCCAUGGAAAUCAUCUGGAAAAAUGUUAAACAAUAUUUUGGCUCGAGGAAACUCUUAGCUGAAUACAUAAUCCGUAUCAUCAUGGUGAUUUUCACCGUUACUGUUGCAAUUGCUAUCCCAAAUCUAGGGCCCUUCAUUUCCUUAGUAGGCGCUGUGUGCCUGUCCACUCUGGGGCUGAUGUUCCCAUCGGUAAUCGAAUUGGUCAGGAUCAGGAAAAUGGAUUGGGGGCGUGUUACUGGAAGCUCUGGAAGAACCUGGCUAUCAUCUCGUUCGGCGUACUAGGUUUUCUGACCGGUACCUACGUGAGCAUCCAGGAGAUUCUCGAUGAGAAUAAAUGAAGCGCCGGGUUCGAAGGAGCUGCGGUGCGACGGAAUANUCGCUCAGCGCGUACCAUAGAUGCCGGCGUGUCGUUGGACACCUUCCGCGCUCUCGUCGAGCGGAUUCGUCGUACCAGAGGGGCGACGAUCACGACCACCUGGAGGAUGAUGCCGCCGUCGCUACUGGGUCAUCCAGUGUAACGUCACGCGGCCUGGCGAGCUCCGAACUUUUAGCAGCUUCGUCUCGCUCCUUCUUGCAAUUUCUCUUCGCAUCGAUAGCACGACGACUGUAACGACGAUGAAGACGUCAAGUAGUAGACGGGAUCUACGAUUAAUUCUUUUGUUUUAUUUUCUAUUUUUUUUUUUUUUUUUUUUUUUUUUUUUUUUUUAUU